CACUCAUGAAGAUUUUUGGUUUAUUUCACCAACCACAUCUCGGCUCCUUCACUAACAGCUUCCAUCUCCUUCACUGAGCGGGGAGGGUACAUGCUCGUAUUUUUUUUUUCUUUUUCUGAUGGAAAAAAAAGGAAAAAAAGACACGUGGUUGUUACAAACCUCUCUCAGGACACAACGGGGAGGCGGAGGUGGAGAGAUGCGGGCGCAGUCGGGAUGGGAGAGGAGGAGAUGAGGAGAGUCCGCUCUCCAACCAUGGAAAGAAUGCUGCUGCUGCUGCUGCUGUGCAUCCUGCACAUAUUUGAAACCAGGACUUAAAAAGAAAAACCGGACUUGCCACCACCUUUCUGUUUUUCUCUCAGGCUCUCCUUCUCAUUUUUUCCCUAAGGAAAGACUUGCAUGCAGGAUGUGGACUAUAGCAGGUGAGGAAAGAAGAAAAACAACAUUUGAUGCUGAUUUCUGUCAUUGAAGUCCAAAAGGGAUAUCUCUGCAUUUUAUUUUUGCACAUUUAGUUUUGUUAUUUUGUUUUUUUGUUGUUGUUUUUUUAUUCUUCAUAGACGAAGAAAAAACACUCAAAAUGGAUUUCUUAAACAGCUCCAACCUGGAAGAUGGGAUAGAGGCAGAAAAUAUCUCCUCUAAUGCCACUUCACAGAACCAGUACUCACAGCUCGCUAUCUGGGGUCUGGCUGGACUUAUCAGCUUUCUGAUUUUGUUUACAAUUGUCGGGAAUGUCUUGGUUGUCAUUGCUGUUUUAACGAGCAGAGCUCUGAAACCACCCCAGAACCUUUUUCUUGUCUCCCUGGCCAGUGCGGACAUACUGGUGGCCACCCUUGUCAUGCCAUUUUCUCUGGCAAAUGAACUCAUGGGCUAUUGGUUUUUUGGCAAAGUCUGGUGUGACAUCUAUCUGGCUCUGGACGUUUUAUUCUGCACCUCUUCUAUUGUUCAUCUGUGUGCCAUCAGUUUGGACAGAUACUGGUCGGUGACACAGGCUGUAGAGUAUAACUUGAAGAGAACACCAAAAAGAGUUAAAGGGAUGAUUGUGGUGGUGUGGUUGAUCUCAGCUGUCAUCUCCUUCCCACCACUUAUAUCAAUGGACAGGAGCAACAAUGAGGCCAGUCCCCAGUGUAUCCUGAAUGAUGAGACCUGGUACAUCCUGUACUCCAGCAUCGGCUCUUUCUUCGCACCCUGUGUUAUCAUGAUUCUUGUGUAUAUCCGGAUCUACCAGGUGGCAAAGACCAGGACCAGAACAAUGUCAGAGAAGAAGAGGGAUGUGGACUCACCUCUGGAGAAUGGGAUGGACCGAGCUGAAGCGGGUGGGUCAUUAAAUUCUAAAAGGGGCGGGAGCAGGAAAGACCAGGAAAGUGAGAAUGGGCACUGCCAGGAGCAGUCAGCUCAGUCGCCUCGACCGAACGCAAACCAACAAGCAGACCACGAUGACGACUAUGAGGAUAGCAGCUCCUCCGAUGAGAAACCUAAAAAGAAUUCAUCCAGACAACAUCACGGCGACAGGAAAGACAGGAAGUCUAGUCGGAAGAGCAGCUUAGCCUCCAAACACUCCAGCAGGAAGUCACGUGCCAGUGCCAAGUCCAUAGAGCUCUUCUCGUCCCGCCGCAAACGCCGGAGCACCGUCAACCGUAAGAAAGUCUCAGCUGCCAGGGAGAAACGCUUCACUUUCGUCCUUGCCGUCGUCAUGGGCGUAUUUGUUGUGUGCUGGUUCCCCUUCUUCUUCUCCUACAGCCUGUAUGGCAUCUGCCGGGAGCCGUGCCAGAUUCCAGAGACCCUGUUCAAGUUCUUUUUCUGGAUUGGCUACUGUAACAGCUCCUUAAACCCAGUCAUCUACACCAUUUUUAACCAGGACUUCCGUAGAGCCUUCCAGAAGAUCCUUUGCAAGUCAUGGAAACGAUCUUUCUGAGGGGGGGUCAUCCUGCACAGCUGGAUUUUAAAUAGACAUUUUCCCUGCAGUCUUGUUGUGAGCUGUAUAACAAAGAGUAUUUCCACACCUUUGCCUUCAGGGAUUACACUUAAAAUGAAGAGAUUCUUAAGAGAACACAUCAUCGAACUGAGGUAGAAUAAAGAUGUUGAAGUACAAUGGUUGAAGCACUAAGGAUAUUCGCAAAGAAGGCUUUCAUUAAAUGCCAUUCUCAGACUGCAUUUGGACUCUGAUGGUGGCUUUGGUUCAUUCCCCCUCCUCAGUGACUUCUUCUCCCUUCAUUUAAUAUGAUAAACUGACAGUUAAAUGUGCUGCAUGCACACCACAAUGGCUGCACUGGAGGCGAAGGGUUUACAGAGACACUUGAUUUAUAAUGUGACCUCAUUCACUGACUAUAAUGCGAAGGCCUUGACAAUCUCCACACGACCGUUGUUUGUGAUGCGAGAUGGUCGGAUGACUCCUUUCUCUCUCUCUCUCUCUCUCUCUCUCUCUCUCUGUCUCAGUUUUUCUGUUCUUUCUAUAACGUCACACUCCCGAUAUGUGGACCAAUGGGACGAAGGGGCUCCUUGCUUACUGUUUAGUAGCAAAACUGUUUCACUAAAAAUAAGACUCAUCUUCGAAUACUACACAGAUAUAUGUCAGCUUCAUUGUUGCGUGUGGCUCCCGUUAUCUAAACUGGGACAUGUAAGGGAAACUCUCCAUCAUGUUGUGGGUUUUUAUUAAUUUUUUUGAGGACUUGUUACUGUAUGGAUGAAUGUAUGGAUAUGGCGGCCUGUACAGUAGGAUGGCGUCUUAAUUUGGUCUGCAAGGCAUGUGUUUGCAUCCUCCUCCCUCCUCUGAGACAAGAGAUGGAAUACAGAAGUACUGCUGAGACAGCUGGUCAACCACUGAGGCUUAAAGUGUGUGUGCGUGUGUGUGUGUGUACUUGUCAGUAUAUCUAUAUGAGGACCAACAAAAUGUACAAACCAUAGGGAGCAAGGCCAUUCUGGGAGAGUGAGGAUAUUUUGGCUGGUCCUCUGAACUUUUAAGGGCUUUUUCAGGGUUACGGCUUAGUUGUAGGUUUAUGGGUAGAAUUGUAUUUAUUGGUGAUGGUCAAGGGAAGGGUUUGGGGCUAAGAAAAGCGUUAUGUCUGAGGGUUCUCACCAAGUAUGCUAUGAAAGAAUGUGUGUAAAAAAAUAAAAUGGGACAAAUUGAAAAAUGUUUAGUGAUAAAACGAGACAAGAGUUCGCCACAUCUAAUCCCAAAUGCCAGAUAGGGAUUAUUUGUGUGUGUGUGUGUGUAUGUAUAUGCCUACUUUCUCAAAAGGGCUUGACUCUCCCUGGUCGAGUGUCGUUGCAUUCUCUUCAGUUAUUUUCUCUGCUACAUGUCUUUUCUCUCCCUUAAGCACUUGGCCACAGUAAAAACCAAACACAUUAUAACUGUUUUAUUGUCUGCUGCUCGCACACACAUGCACACACACCAACUGUGAUAUUAUCCAGUAGGACAUCAAAAUGACUUAUACAGUCAAUAUUUUCAUCUUUAAAUUUAUAGCCGCACGGGCUAAAGCUUUUUUCUUGUGUAAAUAACUGAGAACAGUACAGUAUUAUUGUGUGGCACCGCUUGACCACACAUGUGUCUAUAUGGUAAAAUUGUAUUGUUUGUAUAAAUAUGAACAAUGCCCUGAAGGAUUUUCAUGUUACGCCAACCUCUGUCCUUUUCUAAAAGAACAAGUGUUUACUUCUCUGCUAUGAGCACAUUGAAAAAGAUCAAAUAAAGACAUUACUGCUG